ACUUCCUGUAAAUAGUGCGCUGCACUCUAGUCGCAUUUAGAAAAAGAAAACUUUAAAAUAAUCCAACAAUUAAAUGUCACACGUGUCUUGAUAUUGUAUUUUAUUUGAUGCUGCAUGAACUAGCGUGUAGACAUUGACAUUUAUAUUUUUUAAACGUUUUGAGCGAAACACGACUGAUAAACAAAAAAAAAAUGUACGCCUGUUUUGUGUAUAUAUCCUUCCGCUAGUUUUUCGUGUCUUUUUCAGACUGUUUAGGUCUAUGUCUUUCACAGGCAGACAUCUCCGGGGAACUGAUAAAAUUAUCCAAAUAAUUUGUAGUGUUGAUCUAGCAUAUAUGGAUAAUCGACAUCUCUUUCAAUGAGAAUAAGCGUUUGAUUUUAAGGUGACGACAAGAAGAAAAGAAAGCUAGCUGAGCUUGCCUAGUAGCAGUCACUGUCCAGGUUGGAAUAAUCAGCCCUAGCAACAGCAGUGGGGCUAGCAGGCUAACAUCAGCGAGCCGUUGCUAGUUAGCUUUACUCUGUUUGACUUUUAAAGCAUUUUAUCCUCUGUAGUUUUGCCGUUGGAUAUAUUUCCCAAACCGUUUGAAUAGUCUGCUCAAAGACUCGUUUAUGGGAUAAUCAUGUCAAUGAAGCAGACAGGCGGUAAUCGCAAACCGGGCAGCAGUAGCAGUAGCGGGGCCGCAGCGGCCUCAGGAGCCGGGGGAUGCGCAGGAGCUGCUGUAGGACGACACGGUUUAACCAGGGGACGCAACAGCGCCAAAACACACUCUACACCAGUGGCCUUCAGUGGUGUUUAUGCAAAUAUGAGGAUGGUUCACGUCUUAACUUCAGUGGUGGGAGCCAAGUGUGAACUUAACGUGAAAAAUGGAACAGUUUACGAGGGUGUCUUCAAAACGUACGGCCCAGAGUGUGAUCUGGUCCUGGAUGCAGCCCACAGGAAUAGCGCAGAUCUGAACGUGAGCCCUCGACGUGAGGACAUUGUCGAGAGCAUCAUCUUCAAGGCCUCAGAUGUCGUGGUGGUGCAUUUUAAAGACGUGGACCUGAGCUAUGCCAAAAAAGUCUCAUCAGAGCAAGAUAACCUUACAGACAACUCAAUAAGCGCUCGUUUAAAUGGAGAACAUAAAGAGAAAGAUUUAGAGCCUUGGGAUGGAGGAGAUCAGCAUGUCUCCGGCAGCUUGGAGUCUCUUGAUACUGACUUGUCAAAUGGUUGGGACCCUGAUGACAUGUUCAAAUACAAUGAGGAAACGUAUGGUGUGAAGUCUACCUAUGAUAGCAGCCUGUCCUCAUACACAGUGCCACUGGAGCGAGACAAUUCAGAGGAGUUCCUCAAGCGGGAAGCUCGUGCAGCGCAGCUCGCCGAGGAGAUUGAGGCCAGCGCCACCUAUAAAGCUCGUGUGGCACUGGAGAACGAUGAUCGGUCAGAAGAGGAGAAAUACUCGGCUGUAGUGCGGGACACACACACACUCAGCAGGGAAAAUAAAUACAUUCCCCCAGGCCAGAGGAACAGAGAAGUAGGACUGUCAUGGGGAGCAGGACGGCAGAACUCACCCAGACUGGUGCAGUGCAAUCCUGGACCUCCUAAUCCCAGAGCUUCACCACAUGACUACAGCACACUUACUGGUGUGGAUCAACGUGUUGUAAAUGGAGGUGCCCAACAUUGGCUCUCUCGCUGUCCAUCUCCCUCCUCUCGCCCUUCCUCUCGCUACCAGUCAGGCCCCAACGCCUCCCUUCCCACCCGGCCUCCCUCCAGACCCCCAUCCAGGCCCUCGCGGCCUCCCUCUCACCCCUCUGCCCAUGGCUCUCCAGCACCCCUCUCCACUCUGCCCAAACGCCUCUCCUUGGAAGGUCCUCCUAGGAUGUCUCCUAAAUCCCAGAGGACCCCCAGGGCACACAGAAUGCCCUCCUGCCGGGGAGCUGGCCCUCCUGGGGUGGACUUCAUGUCACAGGGUGCAUCUGGGGAGGCUUCAACUACUCCUCCUGCUCGUAGCAGCCCCUCUGGUGGCACUUGGUCUUCAGUGGUCAGUGGAGGACACAGACCUCGUUCUCCUCGGCAAAACAUUGUGGGCGGUGCGCCACCUGGCCCCUCCUCCUCCUCACCUUCUCCACAAGCUGGCACAGUGCCGGUGGAAUCAAUGGCCACACCCACUUCAACAACAUCACCAAUUUCAGCGAGUCCUGCUCCUAACAUGGCUGCAAUACCAGUAACUGAAGCAAAAGAAAUUAGGCACAAUUCUCCUUCGGCCAACAAGGAGAACGUGAAGCCUGUGGAAUCUUCCUCAAGCAGUAGGCCAGUUAGUAAAGGAUUUCCAAGCAUGCCACCUGACCACAGAAAGCAAAUAGACAAUUUAAAAAAAUUUAGUGUGGAUUUUCGGCUGCAGUCCAGCGCAAAUCCAGAGCUUGGGGUUGACACCAUGAUGACGAAGUCUCCACGGGACUCUGGAGAGAAACUAAAGGAGUCACAGAGUGAGAAGAGUAUAACUGGGGCAACAGGACCCAAGGUUUGUUCAGAGUCCUCUGGCAGUGAAGAGGUGUCAGCAGCGGUGGGUGUUGGGAGUAAACCUGGCACUCCCUCUCCCUCUCCCUCAUCCUCUACUCUCAGCACGGAGCAAAAACGUGUACCUGAUGUGACGUCUCAGGGUGUCCAGACUUCCUCACCUGCUGCCAUGAAAUCAGAUGAUAAAGAGGAGAAGAAAGACCCUUUACCAGAGAGUGUUAGAAAAUCAACUCUUAAUCCUAAUGCCAAGGAGUUCAACCCUAGACCUUUGUGCACUCCACCCAAACCAGCCACUACUCCGACUCUGACACGACCCCAGGGUCAGCCGAGUCCUUCCAUCGUGGUGCAGCAGCCUCCUGCGGUUUAUAGCCAGCAAAUGUGCUUCCCACAGGUGUACCCACUGACCCCAGUGAGCCCUGGAGUGCAGAAAAGCAUUAUCUGGAAGACUCCUACGGUGUACCACCUUCAAGUUCCUCAUGUGACUGUAAGCCAGUCCAAGCCGUUCAGACAAGGUAAAGUACCCAGUAUGCCACAGCAAAGACCCGAGCAGCAUCACCCAGCAGGCACGUCACCCAUGAUGCACCCUGCCACAGCUGCAGGUCCCCCAAUCGUAGCCCAGAGCUCCAUUUACUCCACUCAGUAUUUCACCUGCAACCCUCCACAGUUCAGCAGCCAGCCGCUUGUGCAGCAGAUGCCCCACUACCAGUCACAGGCUCAGCAUGUGUUCAGUCCUGUUAUGCAGGGAGGUGCAAGGAUGAUCACUACCAGUCAUGGCCAGCCCAAUCUGGCCUCCUCUUCCACAACCCAGUAUGGUGAGCAGACCCACCCAAUGUAUGCCCCCAUCCCCCAGCAGUACACACACCAUGGGGCCACCCUCCACCCACAUCCCCCUCAACCCCCACAGCCCUCGGCCACACCCACAGCUCAGGCCCAGCAGAGUGGGCAGCAUGCCGGCACAAGCCACGCUGCCAGCCCCGUCCAGCACCCACAGCACCAGGCGUCUCUCCACCUGGCCAGUGCAGCUCCCCCACAGCAACAGAUGUACUCUGCCUUGACGCCAACCCCACCCUCCAUGACUCCUGGUCCAGCUCCUCAAUCCCCGCAGGCUGUGUACAUCCAUCCUCAGCAGGUUCAGCACUCGUACAAUCCCAACCACAUGGCUCACGUGCAGCAGGCACACAUGCAGUCAGGGAUGGUGCCUCCACAUCAUGGCACUCCAUCUCACCCCGUCAUGCUGAUGGCCACACAAGCACCUGCAGGCCCACAGCCUCCUUUACCCCAGAGCACACUCAACCCAAUCCCUGUCUCCUCAACCACACAUUUCUCCUACAUGGCACAUCCUCCAGUGGUAGCUCAGUGCUUAAGAUGUUGGACUACUAAUCCUGGGAUCACCAAAAGCUGCCACUGCUGGGCCCUUGAGUGACCCUUAACUGCUCAGUACAACCUCACCAUCAGCAGCAACUUUAGAGAAGAUGAAGAUCGGGUAUUUUCAGCUGACUCCAGUUGACAUGCUCUUCUCAACCCCCUGUGAGCUACGGGCAAGACCGAUCCUUCACCUGCUCCUUCUCUCCUUGCCCAGUGAAAUGGCCACUAAACCAUCGAUCAUGCUGCACUGCACUUCUGCUAAACUAUCAGAAAUUAAUGCUAAUGAGCAAAGUUGCGGUGAACAGAUGUUUGUUUUUUGUUUUUUUUUUAACACAAGUUUUAACAUGAGAGGGACUGUUUUAGACGCCAUGAGUGAAAAACUGAAUGUCAAGAAACUGGAACUUGCAUUUUGUUUGCACCUUCUAAGUAACAAAUUCUUCCAGUGAAUUGACAGUAUUAACAUUACUGUUAAAUGCUGCUGCUAUUGCCGUGUUCAGGAACUCGGGGUAAAGGAAAAAACGUACAAAGCAAAAAUGACUCUAAUCAAAUUAAACAAAACAAAAAACUUCCAGUGAUUUUAAAAUGUUUGGCAAAAAAAAAAAAAAAGGAUUAAUUAUUUAUUAAUCAAACUGAACGGGCCCCAGUUACAUCUGACUGUCAUAAAACUGCUAAGUUAAAGAAAAACAAUUUUACUUUGUAGAUAAUAUAAAUGAAUAAAAAAAAAAAAAGAAUAAAAACAUUAAAAAAGUUGUAAAAACUGUUAAUGGCUUGUGUUUGAUCAUUGUUUUCCUUUGUGUUUAAUACAGAUUUCUAUUAAAAACAAGCUAAUGUUAGUAGACACAGAAAACCCAGUGUCACGUGGCAUGAGGGUGCGCCACCAUGCUUCAAUACACCUCGCUGUAGAUGGUGUGUUAUUCAAGCCGCUGAACAGUAAUCUUAUUAAAGUGAAGAACACCUUUUAAUACAUCUACCAUCAUUUUCAUUAGGGUUGAGCUGUGACUUAAAUGAUCAUCUUGCAUUCUCUUUAAACCCGUGGGUGAAGCCCUUGUGCCCUGGAAGAGAGAGCUUUGUGUCUUCACGGUUCAAGUGCAUCUCUCUUUAUAUUUUCACGUCUGUAAAAGCACGGUGGUAGUGAGUACAGGGCCAGAUUUUAUUACAGUCAGAAUCCUGUGAGCUGCGAGUCGGUCACCUGCAGCAGUUCAGAUGCACUCCGAAGCUAAUCAGGAAUUAAUAAGGAACUAGAGCUGUGGUGUUUGAGCUCUGUGUUCCUGAAGUGUAUUAGUGCUUAAGAUACUUAUUACUAUUAUUAAUACUCCAUUAGUGGUGUUAGACUUGCAGCACUUGAAUCUGUUUAGUCUGAAGCUGUUGCUUCAUUUUCUCUAACAGUAGUGCUAAUAAUACAGCUAGCUCUAAUUCCAGCCACAGGUUUAUAGUAAUGCCCUUGUUUUAACUCGUUCUCACUGACGUAUGCAGGCGAUCUGCAUAAUCAAUAAACGUGUUAAUUUAAAAAAAUAAAAAAUAAAUAAAAAAAUAGACCAACGAUAUGCUUUUGUGAUCUGUAAAAAGAUGUUUAAUAUUUAUUUAUUUAUUUAUUUGGUGAAAGAGUCAGAGUUUUCCAACACACCACAGGAUUUUCUGGUUUCUGUUCAAUUGGAAAUUAUUCCAGUUAAUUACUGCAAUUAAUGAGUAAUAUCACCACAAUAAUUUGCUAUGAUAUUUCCCCCCCAAAAAAUGAUUUGCAGAGCUGUAUCCAAGAAUGUUGUGCCUGCUAAAUGCUUUUUAUCUUACCAGGCAUGGAGUAGAAACUCGACAUGACCACUAUGUAUUAACAUUCCCCCAAUUAUUUAUUUAUUUUUAUUUUAUUUUUGUUAGAGGUUCAUGUUUCUGAGUGUGGACAUGAAAAGAAAAUUAAUCGCUGCCCUUUUUUUUGGGGGGGCAUUUAAGCAUCCUUCCUCCUUCGAGAUGUUCAGCUUCUUUUCAAAUGGUCACACACACAAUGAUGCACAGUUACAUUCACCCUGCAGUGAAAUGCUUCAGAACGCUUCAAAACAUUUCACCGCAUGUUGUAUUGGGUACGAUUGUGUAUGAGAGAGGGUGUUUUAUUGCCCAAAGAAAUGGCAGCAAUUAAUUUCCUUACACUCAGUAACACGAGCAGUAAAUUGGGUAAAUAUUCACACUAGUUUUGAGUUAUUCAGUAUAGAACAUUCUUACACAGAAAUAUUUCUUCCACUGCGAAGUACACAAUUCUGUAACCUUUAAUCGUCUUUGCAGUGUGUUUAAGUAACUCUCGACAAACUGUAACUACUUUAAUUAUUAAAAAAAGAAAUGGGAGACUAGAUUAAAAUGACUUUUAUUGCACACAAUUGUAAAAAUGUGAGGAACAGUGAUGUAUAAAAAAAAAUUGUAAGUGCUGUAAUAAAUAUUUUAGUUCGUGGUAAAAAGAGCGGACUUUAUCAAAACGUUUGUACAGGGAGGUGAAAAAGGCAUUAAACCUCCAGUCACGUAUACCACUGACAUGAGGCGCAGUAGAUCAAAAAAUGUUAUCAAAAAUGUUAAAAUUAUUUGUAAAAAAAAAGUCAAAUAAUUUCUCUCAAGCAAAAAAAAAAAAAAAGACUCUUUUUGGCUCUGAGGUAAUAAACCUAAAAAAAAAAAAAAAAAA